AUAUUUUGCAAAUCCUCUGUUGAAAUUCGAAAUCAAUGGCGGAAGAAAUCGAGAAGUCGUUACCGAAGGAGGAGUCUCUGAUGGACAAGAUCUCCGAGAAGAUCCACCAUCACGAUUCGUCGUCUGAUUCGGAGUACGAGAAGCCUGAUUCGCCAUCGGCUGUGAAAUCGAAGAUCUAUCGUUUGUUUGGUAGGGAGAAACCUGUUCACAAGGUUCUCGGUGGUGGAAAACCUGCUGAUGUGUUCUUGUGGAGGGAUAAAAAGCUGUCAGCGGCUGUUCUUGGUGUGGCGACUGCUAUUUGGGUUCUCUUUGAGCUGGUUGAGUAUCAUUUGUUGAGUCUUUUGUGUCAUGUUUCGAUUCUUGCUCUUGGAGGCUUGUUUCUCUGGUCCAAUGCUCACACUUUCAUCAAAAAGAGUCCACCUCAGAUUCCAGAAAUCCAUGUUCCUGAGGAGCCUUUCCUUUUGAUUGCUUCUUCCCUGAGAAACGAAUUAAACCAGGCUUUUGUUAUCCUACGAAGCAUUGCCUUAGGCAGGGACCUUAAAAAAUUCCUCAUGGUUGUUGUUGGUCUAUGGAUCAUCUCUGUGGUGGGCAACUGGUGCAACUUCCUGACUCUGGUGUACAUCUGCUUCGUGUUGUUGCACACAGUGCCAAUGCUGUAUGAGAAACACGAGGACAAGGUUGAUCCCUUUGCAGAGAAGGCGUUGAAGGAGUUGCACAAACAUUACCUUGUGUUUGAUGAAAAGGUUGUGUCUAAGAUUCCCAUUGCUUCCUUCAAAGCUAAGUUGGGUUGAAGACAGACUUGUGCGGGUUUCCUUUUUGCUUUAAUUUUGUUUUAAUAUUUUGAUCAAUGUGAAAUUGGUGGUCAUUUUCAGAGUUUUGCACGCUAAUGACCCAAAAUGUUAUGCAUCACAUUUUGUUUGCAGCUCUUUUGUUGUAUUUUUUUGAUAAUUAAAAAGAAACUAUUUGCCUUUUACUGCUAUUUGUGAAGAACACUUGAAAUAAUCAA